AUGACUGCCUCACUCCUUACCCUAGAUGUCAAAGGCGCCUUUGAUUCUGUACUUCCCGGCAGACUGAUCCGCAGACUACGCGAGCAGGGCUGGCCUACCAAUCUCGUUCUCUGGAUUGCCUCCUUCGCUACUGGAAGAUCAGUUCAGAUCCGACUCGAUGGAGAGAUUGGCCCCUCAACAGACAUUGCCUGCGGAAACCCAAGGAACAGAUUUGGUUACGCGGACAACACAGCCAACCUAGCAAUCUCAACUUCUCUUACUACUAAUUGCGAAGCCUUAUCAGACUUACUUCAAGAAGCUCUUAAUUGGGGCGCUGCAGAGAGUAUUACAUUUGCACCAGAUAAAUACGAGCUUCUUCACUUCUCCCAACAUAAAGCAGACCAGGACCCAACCUGCACACCUUUAGUGAAAGCUAGAUCUAUUACAAUAUCAGAAAACACUAAACGGCUAUAUCUACGAUGGCUAGGAAUCCUCUUUGACAAAAAGCUAACGUUCAAAUGGCACGUUAGAGAAACAGCAUCUAAAGCCCUCACUGUGGCCAACACUCUUCGCUCUCUAGGGAAUACUGUUCGAGGAGCUGUAUCAGCCUGUGUACUCUAUAAAGCAUACUAUGGCGCAGAAACCUGGUGGCCAGGACGUACUCAACCUGGACCUUCCCAGAUUUCAAACCGAGUUGGAGAACAUCUUGAGAAACUAACUAAAGUAAUACUAACAGGCGCAAGAGCAGUCCUUCCAGUCUUCCGCACAACCCCAAAGCCAGUCCUUUAUCGAGAGUCUGGAUUCUCUCCACCAGAAAUCGAACUAGAUCGAAUAGCCCUCCUUGCAACUGUCCGCCUACGGCGUCUCGACCCUUAUCACCUACUUCGAAGACGCGCAGAACAGAUCGCUAGUAAUAGCCGACAAACCAGCCGAUUUGCCCGCCGUACACUGGCCCUCCCAAACUCUGAACAGAUAAACCCUCUCCAAUACGCUCCCUGGCACCCUCGCGAGCCUCGUGGGAAUGCUCAAGCUCAAAUAGGAGCUCCCAUGGGACGCACUAAGGAACAGGCAGCGGCUAAUUUCAUGGCUUUUCAACGUACCAUCCCUAGCUCAGAUAUUGUAAUCUUUUCAGAUGGAUCUAGGCUAGCAGACGGACGUGCAGGGGGUGGCUAUAUUAGACUUCAAGCACACCAUCAGUUCCUCCACUCCUCACUCUUAUACGGACACGGGAAAGAGGUCUUCAACGCAGAAGCAGAAGCAGCUCUAGCUGGCGCUCAAGCAGCAAUAGCGUACCCAACAGCUCAAUUUGCUACCAACCUAUGGAUCUGCCUUGACAAUCUAGAAGUUGUUAUACGCCUUCUAUCUCCCUCUACAGGAUCUUCCCAAGAAAUCUUUGAAUCCUUCCGCACCCUUGCAGCUGCCUGGCCACUUCGCAAAAGGCUUCCUCACAUCAAAAGCGGAUCUAUCCAAAUCCGAUGGGUCCCUGGACACGCUAAAAUCCCUGAGAACGAAGCGGCUGAUCUCGCUGCCAAAGAGGGAGCUGCCUCAAUCCCUCCUGCUCCUCACAAAUCCUUAUACGCCUCACUAAAGAGAUACGCCAAGACUCAAUCCCUAUCCGCUGCUCAGUCACAAUGGCAGAAGGUGGCACCACAGAGUUAUCAAGAUCUAGAAAUAACUACUUCUCCUAAGCGCCCUGGGAAGCUUCAACUCAACCGACUUGACCUUGGCCGUAUUAUUGCGGCCCGUACUGGUCAUGGAGACUUUGCAGACUACCAUGAACGCUUUAAUCAUGAUGAUGCUUAUCUUCUCUGUCGGUGUAAAGCACAAAAAGCAUCUCUACAUUUCUUCUUCUGCUAUAUAGCUAAGAGACGAGCUCCUCGUCUACCUGGACCCCCUUCUGAAGUUAUCUCUUUUCUUUUAGGUACUGCGAAAGGAACACGAAAACUAGCCUCAUGGCUUGCAGAGACCCGUUUCUUUGAGGGUAUCUGUCCUCGCCAACCUCUCCUUAGCACCUAG